AUGGAGGGAAAGAUUUACGGCCUACGAGAAAAAAGAAUGGAACGUUGCUCUUGGUUUACGAACAAACAUCACAGCAAAGAUACUGUCAACAUACUUAACGCAGCAUUCGAUAUUAGGGACUUUCCAGAGAAGGACUCUGUACCGGAUUUUCUGAAACUCUGCAUGAGCGAAGAGAAUGGGUCUACAGAGGACUGUCAACUAUCUGCAGAUUUGCCAGUGACCUUUAAAGUUCUGGAGAAGGGCAGCAAACGAGGAGGAAGAUUGUUAGUAUCCAGUGAUGGCUACUCCUACACUGUCAAGAGGGAGAACCAAAGAUCUACUUUAUGGAGAUGUAGCAAGCGGUCAACCAAUUUCACGUGCCACUCUUCUGUCACUCAGAGAGGGGGUCAUUUUAAGCAAGGAGUUCGCCACCACAUUCAUAUGCCCGACCCCCACCCCAACCUCAGGGAGAUAACUGCUAGGGUGAAGGAGGCCAUUAAGGACCGCACCACGGAGUCCGCCAUGGUCAUUGUGAAGGAGACUGUUGAAGCACACUGUGAGUCCGACCAGAGAUUCCUUGCAUCGGACCUGGAGAACGUGAGAAGAGCGGCCAAUCGUUACAGAAGGAAAAUCAAGAUUGGAGAGAAUCCAGCACUUCAGGCUGACAAGCUAUCCAGGCCUCUCCCUGUGUUAUCAGAUCCCUCCCACAACAGAGAGGUUAACAGUGACCAUGCCAUGCUCGACGAUUCCUUUGACGUCAGAGACGGCAUCCAGAAGAGCGUUCCUGUAUUCCAUGAUGAAAGGUGUGAGGAAGACGACAUCCCUCCACUGGGUGCUGUUUUGGAGGAUUCCCCAGUGACCUUCAGAGUCCUCGAGAAGGGCAGUAAGAGAGGUGGGCGUCUUCUGGUGUCCUCGGAUGGCUACGCCUACACAGUCAAGAGAGACAACCAGAGAAGUACUAUAUGGACUUGCAGUAAGAGGUCAGCUUCCUUGAACUGUCAUGCCUCCAUCAUUCAGCGGGGGGAUUCGUUUAAACCAGGCAGAAACCACCACCUUCACCUGCCCGACCCCCACCUGCCCCACCUCAGGGACAUAACUGCCAGGGUGAAAGAGGCCAUUAAGGACCGCACCACAGAGUCCGCCAUGACGAUUGUGAAAGAGACUGUUCUAGCACACUGUGAGUCCGACCAGAGAUUCCUUGCAUCGGAACUUCAGAAUGUGAAAAGAGCGGCCAAUCGUUACAGAAGACAGUUCACCCUGGGUCAGAGUGCUCCUGCGGAUGCUGCAUAAAUAAAACACCAUGGGAUGUGUAAUUCAGGAGGGAAACCCUCAUACCUUCACAAACAUUUCAUCUUGGACUUGAAUAUAAAUUGUGA